AUGGCGACAGACAUUCUCCUCAACACCUCGGUGGGCCCCAUCACCCUUGAGCUGUACACCUCGCACGCGCCCAAAACAUGCCAAAACUUUGCGACGCUCGUACGGCGUGGCUACUACAACUCCACCAUCUUCCACCGCAUCAUCCCCGAUUUCAUGGCGCAGGGCGGCGAUCCCACAGGCACCGGGCGCGGCGGCACCUCGAUCUACGGCGAGAAAUUCGAGGAUGAGAUCGACCCUGGGCUCAAGCACACGGGCGCCGGCGUGCUCAGCAUGGCGAACUCGGGCAAGGACACCAAUGGCAGCCAGUUCUUCAUCACUCUUGCGCCGACGCCGUGGCUCGACGGGAAGCAUACCAUCUUUGGGCGCGUCAAGGGCGGCAUGAGCACCGUUAAGAGGCUGGGUCUGGUCAGGACCGGUGCAGAGGACAGGCCGGUGGAGGAGAUUAAGAUUGUCGAAGCAAAGGUCCUGGAAGGAAGUGAUGAGAUUUGA